AUGCAGUCCCAACAACCAGGACAACCGUUCGACCCUAUGUAUCAAGGUGUUCCGAUGGGAGUGAAUAACGUUCCCGGCCAAACGCAACCGUUGAUGCGGUACCCUCAGGGAACGAUGGCAUCGCCUUCGUAUCCUUUGCCAGCUAAUGCUCGACCAAAUGGUAUGAUGCCGUCGCCAGGAUAUCCUCAAAUGUAUCGUGCUGGUGCUCCGAUUCUUUAUGGACAAGUACAACAACCCGCCCAACAUCAGCAGGUCGUCUCAUAUCCUAACCCAAAUGCGCCACCGGAUGGAAGGUUCAAUGUUCCCUACGCGUCCGAUGGGAUGCCCCCUGUGAUCCUGCCGAAGGAGGUGAUCAUGCGACCAUUCGGCCUUGAACACAACAUGAAUCACCACACCUUCACCUUUAACCUUCGACCAGAAAUCAUACAACAAUUGCAAUCGCCUUUCAUUGAUAUUCAGCUGAAGAGUUUCCAUAAGGACGACAAGAAAAUGGCAACUCAGUGGCCCCCAAAGCAGGCUCCAAACGGCCAAUCGGUUCCUGGAACGAUUCCCGAAUGUAGCAUUCAGGUAGUAAAGCAGUUGCAACAUGUUCAUUAUUAA